AUGAGAAUACUGAAGAUUCGAGUGAAACCACAUGAAGAGCAGAUGACCACGGAACAAUUAGUUUCACAAAAUAGGAAACGCAAGUUCGACUUUAUUCAACAAAUACAGCAAUCAUCAAAAGGAGAGAAAUUUCCUUUGGUUCGCUUUUUAAACCCCGAUGGAGUGACCACUAGAGAUGUUUUAGUCGAACCAGAGAAGUGGGAAAUUACUGACGACAAAUCAGGGGAAGUUUUAGCUUCAAGGGUACAGUUACCAUUGAUGCUUGCUUGGGCAUUGUCUAUACACAAAUCGCAGGGCCAAACAUUACAAAAAGUUAAAGUCGAUCUAACUAGAAUUUUCGAAAACGGUCAAGCUUAUGUCGCCUUGUCAAGAGCUGUUUCUCGCGAUGGUUUACAAGUUGUGAAUUUCAGUAAACAAAAAGUCCGAACACAUAGUAUUGUGGAGGAAUUUUAUGAAUCAUUGUCUACUUCAGAGGAUUUGGCAUACAUCAAGGAAAGAAAAUAA